AUAAAGUGUAUGAUCAGAAUAGUUCUGCCCGGCGGUUUCAACUUGAAUACGACAUGUCAAAUUACACAAGGAAAGCUGUCAAUCCAUGAGUAUUACACAGGUUUUAUAACAUUAUGGACCAAUUAUACUAACAUUAUUUAUUCUUUUGUUUCAGAUACAUCUUUAGAAGUCAUUAUAACUCUUCAUCAAACCAGUUAAAGAGAUCGAUUUUUGAUGAAACUUAGACCUGAAUUUGAGGUUGUCAGAUCAAAUUUGUUGCUUAGGUCUCCUCCUCCAUCCUUGGAUGAUUGUUUGAAUGAACUACUCAGGGAAGAGCAACAUCACAUGACACAAAAUAUCUUAGAGCAACAAGGGAAUUCCAACAAUGUUCUCAAUGUUGCAUAUGCUACACAAGGCAAACCAAGAAACAUGAAAAACCUUCAAUGCUACAGUUGCAAGGGAUUUUGCCACAUUGCAAGUCAAAGUUCCAAAAGUUUUGCAACUGUUGCAAAAUUAAAGGACAUUAUUUCUAAAUGUAGAAACCGUCCAAAAAAUUGUAAUCCUUAUGCUUUCCAUGCCUCAACAUCUAAGGUUGUGAUUGAAUUAACAUCAGCCAUUGUUUCUCAACAAACAGCCCAAUCACUAACUUUAGAGAAUGUUCAACAUAUAGUUCUUCAGCUCUUUCUACACUCGACAUUACAGGAGAUGGUGAUAAGGAAGACGAUGGCAAAGGAACCUAAAUGGGGCAUACUUUUUUCUCUCAAUCUUAAUGAACUGGCCACGCUUAAAAAUGUGUCUUCAAUUUUUGUCCAUUGCUAUCUGGGAUGAGUAUAGUUUGGCAUAUGAAGUUAGGCCACCCAAAUGAUAGGAAUCUUUCAUCUAUGUUAAAAUCUGGUGGGUUGGGACAUAAAAUUCUAUAUAAAAAUGUCAGUUUUGAUUGUUCUAGUUGCAAAAUGGGUAAAAGCAAAACUCUACCUUUUCUGUAUGCUACUUAUGCAUCUCAUUGUUUUGAUUUAAUUCACAGUGAUGUUUGGAGAA